AUGACGUUCGUGGCGGCGCCCAUGCUCAGGAUCGGCCAGGCUCCCACGCGGUACCAGGUCCUCCUCCGUGGCAUCACCGUCGCGGGACGGGCGCUCAGCGUGCCCGCGGCAGCCUUCGUCGCCGGCUCCGUGAUGGACUCCCGCACCGCCAUCACCCGCCUGCCGCCGCCGCCGUACCAGGCGCUGCGCGCCGAGUUCCGUCCUGGCGGCUCGGAAAGGGAGCCUGACACCUUCUACGACUUCACCGGCGUCCUCGUCGUCACGGUGCCGAGGGUCGCGCUGGUGUUCGUCCGGAACGCCGUCGCAAAGCUAGAUCCCUCGGGGAUCUUGCUCGAUGACUGCCUAGCCCGCCUUCGUGCCCAACAACGACUUCCUCCGUAG